ACAACCCCUGGAUUUGCCAGUUUUCCUGUCUUGAGGCAGUGCUCCCAUCAUCUGCUUCAAUUCAGGAAAAAGAGGGGAAAGAGUUUAAAAGCAAACACGGAAAUGAAAGAGAAUUCCCUAGGAGUUCAUCAGACUACGAGAAAAUAGCUGAGUGGUUCUGACAGGUGCCUGGAAUCAGAAGGACCAAAUAGUUUCUCACCAUGCUACAAAAUCUCAUACUUUUUCUUCUUGGAUUGGUUGUACACAAUUCCUGCUCCCUGCCUGAAACUACAGACCAGGCAAAAAGAUGUGAUAAGAAAUCUCUGCUUACAAUUAGAACUGAGUGCCAGUCCUGCUCACUCAACUUGGGAAUUAAGUGCCCAGAUGGUUACACCAAGGUUACCAAUGGCUCCGUGGGGGUUCGAGAUUGCAGGUACAUCUUCGAGAUCAGGAAGUACUCGCUGUCUCUCCCUGGAUGCCGUCACAUCUGUAGGAAGGACUAUGUCCAACCUCAGUGCUGUCCAGGCCACUGGGGCCCAGACUGCAUGGAGUGUCCGGGAGGCGCGAGCUCCCCCUGCAGCGGCAGGGGCAGCUGUGCGGAAGGCAUGGAAGGAAACGGAAGUUGCUCCUGCCAGGACGGGUUUGGGGGAACGGCCUGUGAAACCUGUGCUGAUGACAACUUAUUUGGGCCCAGCUGCUCAGCAGUGUGCAGCUGUGUGCACGGAGUGUGCAACAGUGGGAUAGACGGUGAUGGAAGCUGUGACUGCUACUCCGCGUACACGGGCCCCAACUGCGACAAGCCCAUUCCUGAAUGUGCGGCCUUGCUCUGCCCUGAAAAUUCCAGAUGCUCACCUUCCAGCCAAGAUGAAAGGAAACUGGAAUGCAAAUGCCUUCCCAAUUACCAAGGCGAUGGCCACUACUGCGAGCCCAUCAAUCCGUGUUUACAAGCAGUCUGCCAUCCUCACGCUCAUUGCACAUACCUGGGACCAAAUCAGCACAGUUGCACUUGCCUAGAAGGCUACCACGGGGAUGGCCAAGUGUGCUUACCAGUAGACCCCUGCCAGACUCACUACGGAAACUGCCCUACGGAGUCUACAGUGUGCAUGUAUGAUGGGCCCGGACAGUCUCACUGUGAGUGUAAAGAACAUUACCGCAAUUACGUCCCUGGAGUGGGGUGCAGUAUGAUCGAUGUCUGUGAGUCCAAUAACCCUUGUCACAGGAACGCUAACUGCACUACCAUUGCACCAGGCCAACCCAAAUGCACUUGCCGGAAAGGUUACGUGGGUGACGGCUCAACAUGUUAUGGAAACAUCAUGGAGCGACUCAGAGAAUUAAACACUGAACCCAGAGGAAAAUGGCAAGGAAGUCUGACCACUUUCAUCUCGCUCCUGGACAAAGCCUAUGCCUGGCCACUAAGUAACCUGGGACCAUUCACUGUGCUCUUGCCCACAGACAAGGGACUGAAAGGAUUCAAUGUCAAAGAGCUCUUGAUGGACAAGGAGGCUGCUCAGUACUUCGUGAAACUCCACAUAAUUGUUGGGCAGAUGAACACCGAGCGUAUGAAUAACACAGACACUUUCUACACCUUGACCGGCAAGUCAGGAGAAAUCUUCAACGGCAAUAAGGACAAUCAAAUAAAGCUUAAACUCUAUGGAGGCAAAAAGAAAGUAAAAAUUAUACAGGGGGACAUAGUUGCUUCCAACGGGCUCCUACACAUACUUGACCGAGCCAUGGACAAGAUGGCACCCACAUUUGAGAGCAACACUGAGCAAACUAUAAUGACAUUGCUACAACCAAGAUACAGCAAGUUCAGAUCUUUGUUAGAGGAAACCAAUGUGGGACAUACCUUAGAUGAAGAUGGGACCGAUGGACCAUACACCAUUUUUGUUCCAAGUAAUGAAGCCUUAAACAAUAUGAAAGAUGGCACCCUUGAUUACCUCCUUUCUCCAGAGGGAUCUCGGAAGCUUCUGGAACUCGUCAGAUACCACAUUGUCCCAUUUACUCAGCUCGAAGUGGGUACUCUCAUUGUGACCCCACACAUUAGGAGCCUGGCCAACCAGAUCAUACAGUUCAACACAACCAACAACGGACAGAUUCUGGCAAAUGACGUGGCCAUAGAAGAGACCGAGGUCAUCGCCAAAAACGGUCGAAUCUACACCCUGACUGGCGUCCUCAUCCCUCCCUCCAUUGUGCCGAUUCUGCCCCACCGAUGCGACGAAAGCAAGAGAGAGAUGAAAUUGGGCACCUGUGUGAGCUGUUCUCUGGUGUAUUGGAGCAAAUGUCCUGCUAACUCUGAGCCCACAACACUCUUCACACACAGAUGUGUCUACACUGGCAGAAUAAGGAGCCUGAAGAGCGGCUGUGCCCGAUACUGCAAUGCCACCGUGGAGAAUCUGACUUCAGAGAAGUCAGGCCAUGACACAAAGGCAUCUGGGACUUCUUUACAGCGGAGCGUGGUCCUAAGUGCCCUCCGGGCCUGUCUUUGCUUGCAGUGUGUGGAUGGCCUCGAUGGCAAUGGGACGUGCAUCUGCCAAGAUGGCUUCCAAGGCUCCCAGUGUCAGUUCUGCUCCGAUCCCAAUAAACAUGGACCUCGGUGUGACAAAGAAUGUCUGUGCAUUUACGGAACGUGCGAUAACAGGAUCGACAGUGACGGGGCCUGCCUGGCCGGCACGUGCAGAGAAGGCUCUGCGGGGAUGUUCUGCCACAAGCAGACCUCCGCCUGUGGGCCCUACAUGCACUUCUGUCACAUCCACGCCACCUGUGAAUACAGCAAUGGGACGGCAAGCUGUGUUUGCAAAGCAGGAUACGAAGGGGACGGAAGCCUCUGUUCAGAAACGGACCCUUGCGCGGGAACCACGCCGGGGGGCUGCAGCCGAAAUGUUCGAUCCCUGAAUCUCCUACCCUAUGCAGACUCACCUCCCCACUGUGGUUUGCCUUUACAGAAUAUCACGAUCGAAGGAGCAUCUGUCAUUGACGGUGACAACACAGCCACAAACGGCGUGAUACACAUCAUCAACAAGGUUCUGGUUCCCCAAAGAAGCCUAACUGUCUCCUUGCCAAACCUGAUCACCCGGCUGGACCAGAUGCCCGACUAUUCCAUCUUCCGGGGCUACAUCAUUCAAUAUAACCUGGCCAGUGCGAUCGAGGCAGCCAACACCUAUACAGUGUUUGCUCCAAACAACAACGCCAUCAAGAAUUACAUCCAGGAGAAGAAGGUCGCAACUCUAGAGGAGGACGUACUCAGGUAUCACGUGAUCUUGGAGGAGAAGCUUCUGAAGAAUGACCUGCACCACGGCAUGCACCGGGAGACCAUGCUUGGCUUUUCCUACCUCCUUGGCUUCUUUCUCCACGAUGACCAGCUGUACGUAAAUGAGGCUCCGAUAAAUUACACGAAUGCAGCCACUGACAAGGGAGUGAUCCAUGGCUUGGGGAAAGUUCUGGAAAUUCAGAAGAAUAGAUGUGAUAAUAACGACACUACUAUUGUACGAGGAAAAUGUGGGGCGUGUCUCCAGCAGCCGAUCUGCCCAUUUGGAACUAAACAACUAGGUGAAGAGAUAAGGAGAUGUAUCUAUACCAUCUAUUUCAUGGGAAAGCGAUCCCUGUUCAUUGGGUGCCAGCCAAAAUGUGUGAAAACCAUCAUUACGAGAGAAUGCUGUGCGGGCUUCUUUGGUCCCCAGUGCCAGGCCUGCCCGGGGAAAGCCGAGAACGUCUGCUUUGGAAACGGGAUCUGCUUGGACGGCGUGAACGGCACGGGCGUGUGUGAGUGCGGAGAGGGCUUCGCGGGCACGGCCUGUGAGAGCUGCACCGAGGGCAAGUACGGCCCCCACUGCGACCAAGUGUGUUCUUGUGUCCACGGGAGAUGUAACCAAGGACCCUCCGGAGAUGGCUCUUGUGACUGUGAUGCUGGCUGGCGAGGAGUGAGAUGUGACACUGAGAUCACAAAAGACGACUGCAAUGGGAUAUGCCACACCAGUGCCAACUGCCUUCUCAAUCCGGACGGCACAGCCUCGUGCAAAUGCGCCGCGGGAUUCCAAGGGAAUGGAACAGUCUGCACAGCCAUCAAUGCCUGUGAGACCAGCAAUGGAGGUUGCUCGGCCCAGGCUGACUGCAAGAGAACCACCCCUGGGAGCCGACAGUGUGUGUGCCGGGCAGGCUACACGGGCGAUGGCAUCGUGUGCCUUGAGAUCAACCCAUGUUUGGAGAACAAUGGUGGCUGUCACAAGAAUGCAGAGUGCACGCAGACGGGACCCAACCAGGCAGUCUGUAACUGUUUGCCCAAAUACACCGGAGACGGGAAGGUGUGCUCCUUCAUCAACACCUGCUUGACGAAAAAUGGCGGCUGUAGUGAAUUUGCCAUCUGCAAUCACACUGGGCCAGAAGAAAGGACGUGUACUUGCAAAGCCGAAUACACUGGGGAUGGGUUUACCUGCCGUGGCAACAUCUACCAGGAGCUUCCCAGGAACCCAAAAACAUCCCAGUACUUCUUCCAGUUGCUGGAGCAUUCUGUGCGAGACCUGAGUGGUCCAGGCCCCUUCACUGUCUUUGCACCUUUAUCUGCAGCCUUUGAUGAGGAACCUCAGAUUAAAGACUGGGACAAAAAGGGUUUCAUGCCCCAGGUUCUUCGCUACCAUGUGAUCGCCUGCCACCAGCUUCUUCUAGAAAACCUGAAAUUGAUCCCAAAUGCUACUACUCUCCAGGGGGAGAAAAUCUUCAUCUCCGUCUCUCAGGACACAGUGUAUAUAAAUAAUAAGGCUAAGAUCAUAUCCAGUGAUAUCAUCCAUACCAAUGGAAUCAUCCACAUCAUAGACAAAUUGCUGUCUCCCCAAAACUUGCUUAUCACUCCCAGAGAUGCCUCUGGAAGGAUUCUGCAAAAUCUCACGACAGUGGCAGUAAACCAUGGCUACACCAAAUUCAGCAGCCUGCUACAGGAUGUGGGCUUGCUGGGUGUCAUCACUGACCCCGUCCAUACUCCGAUCACUCUCUUCUGGCCCAGCGACCAAGCCUUGCAAGCUCUACCCCCCGAACAACAGGAUUUCCUGUUCAACCAAGAAAACAAGGACAAGCUGAUGGAGUAUUUGAAGUUCCAUGUGAUCCGAGAGUCCAAGAUUUUAGCAGUGGGUCUCCCCAGGGCCACUGCCUGGAAGACCCUGCAAGGCUCAGAGCUGCGUGUGACAUGUGGAGCUGGCGGUGACAUCGGCGAGCUUUUCCUGAACGACCAAACAUGCCGAAUUGUGCAGCGAGAACUCUUGUUUGACCUGGGUGUGGCCUACGGCAUUGACUGCCUCCUGAUCGAUUCCACCCUGGGGGGCCACUGUGACACUUUUGCCGCAUACAAUUUUUCGGGAGAUUGUUGGAGCUGCGCCAAUACCCCCAGCUGCCCGAAGUGGAGUAAAUCAAAGGGCGUGAAGGAGAAGUGUCGAUACUACUCGGCUUUCAGCGGGUACCUGGAAGGCUGCCGGGAGCAGUGCACCAUGGUGUUACGGCUCCCCAAGUGCUGCAAGGGCUACUUCGGGCGAGACUGUCAGGCCUGCCCUGGAGGAGCGGAUACCCCCUGUAAUAACCAUGGUUUCUGCCUCGAUCAGUACUUGGGCAUAGGCGAGUGUAGAUGCCACAUGGGCUUCAACGGGACGGCGUGCGAGCUGUGCCUGCCGGGGAGAUUCGGGCCUGACUGUCAGUCCUGUGGCUGCUCAGCCCAUGGACAGUGUGAUGACGGCAUCACGGGCUCUGGGCAGUGCUUCUGCGAAACGGGGUGGACAGGCCGUUUCUGCAACACUCAGACAGCCUUGGCCCCCGUGUGCACGCCUUCUUGUUCCGCUCACGCCACCUGUAAGGAGAACAACACGUGUGAGUGCAACCUGAAUUAUGAAGGGGACGGAAUCACGUGCACUGUUGUGGAUUUCUGCAAACAGAACAACGGGGGCUGUGCGAAGGUGGCCAAGUGUUCCCAGAAGGGCACGAAGGUGUCCUGCAGCUGUCUGAAGGGCUACAAGGGGGACGGCCGCAGCUGCACAGAGAUAGACCCCUGCGCUGAUGGCCUCAACGGUGGGUGUCAUGAGCACGCCACCUGCAAGAUGACCGGCCCGGGCAAGCACAAGUGUGAAUGUAAAAGUCACUAUGUGGGAGACGGGUUGGACUGUGAGCCGGAGCAGCUGCCCGUCGACCGCUGUUUGCAGGACAAUGGACAGUGCCACGCCAAUGCCGAGUGUGCCGACCUCCACUUCCAGGAUACGACCCUCGGAGUGUUCCACCUCCGCUCCCCGCUGGGCCAGUACAAGCUGACCUUUGACAAAGCCAGAGAGGCCUGUGCCAACGAGGCUGCAAGCAUGGCAACCUACAACCAGCUCUCCUACGCCCAGAAGGCCAAGUACCACCUCUGUUCAGCAGGCUGGCUGGAGAGUGGACGGGUAGCCUACCCCACUGCCUACGCCUCCCAGAACUGUGGCUCCGGCGUUGUUGGGAUAAUAGACUACGGACAAAGAAACAACAAGAGUGAAAUGUGGGAUGUCUUCUGCUAUCGGAUUAAAGAUGUGAACUGCACCUGCAAGGCGGGCUACGUGGGAGACGGCUUCUCGUGCAGCGGCAAUCUGUUGCAGGUCCUGAUGUCCGUCCCCUCACUGACGAACUUCCUCACAGAAGUGCUUGCCUAUUCCAACAGCUCAGCCAGAGGCCGGGCCUUUCUGAACCACCUGACGGACCUGUCCAUCCGCAAUACGCUCUUCGUGCCGCACAACAGCGGGCUGGGGGAGAACGAGACGCUGUCCGGGCGGGACAUUGAGCACCACCUCGCCAGCGUCCGCGUCUUUUUCUACAAUGACCUUGUCAACGGUACCGUCCUGCGAACUACGCUGGGAAGCCAGCUGCUCAUCACCUCCAGCCAGGACCGGCGACAACCGGAGACCAGGUUUGUCGAUGGAAGAGCCAUUCUGCAGUGGGACAUCUUUGCCUCCAAUGGGAUCAUUCAUGUCAUUUCCAGGCCUUUAAAAGCACCCCCCGCCCCACUGGCUUCAGCCCACACCGGCAUGGGGACAGGGAUAUUCUUUGCCACCGUCCUGGUCUUUGGAGCCGCCACUUUGGCUGCAUAUUCCUACUUUCGGCUAAGCCGAAGAGCAGCUGGCUUCCAGCACUUUGAGUCGGAGGAGGAUAUCGAUGUCGCGGCUCUUGGCAAGCAGCAGCCUGAGAAUAUACCAAACCCCUUGUACGAGAGCACCCCCUCGGCUCCCCCAGAACCUUCCUGCGACCACUUCAUGGUGAGUCUGCCUCUACCCAGAACAGAUGCAGCGGGGGUGCAGGAGAAUGAUGUCUUCCAUCUGGUGGGAGAAUCAGACAUGAACUAA